AUGCAGAUUCUUUCUUUCCCACUCCUACUUAUCGGUCUCCUCUCAGUAGGAUUUGUAUCAACUGCACCAGCGGUCAAACUACCUUGGUCUUUGAAGCUCCGCGACGAUGGUGGUGGUUAUUACGAGCAGCCCGACGUGCCAUCACCAACAGGUGGAUAUGCAUACCCGUCAGAUGGAUAUCCUUCCCCAACUGGUGGAUAUGGUUCUCCCGAGGGCGGAUAUCCCUCCCCAACCGGCGGAUAUGGAUCUCCAGACGAUGGAUACCCAGCGCCCACUGGAGGUUACGGGUCUCCUGACGAUGGAUACCCAGCACCCACUGGUGGAUACGGAUCUCCCGAUUAUCCAUCCCCAACUGGAGGUUAUGGAUCUCCUAGCUACCCAGCCCCCACCAGCCCCGGGGAAUACCCAAGUCCAACUGGGGGAUACAUGUACGGAGCAGCGGCAAACAAACGUUCAUUGAAAAUUUAA